AUAUUCUUUUGCCCGACCCGAAAGACUCAAGCGCGGCUAAGCCCUAGUUUUUUCAAUCCCCCUCGCUUAUAUAUUAUUGCCUUCGCUUCCUCAUAAAUUCCACAUCUAUUUAGCAGCCGGCGCAGUGCUCCCUCCUGUCUCCUUAGCUUCUUCGUGUUUGGAACUGCUAAUUCUCUGAAAUGGGUCGUGUACGUACCAAGACUGUGAAGAAGUCCUCGCGCCAGGUAAUUGAGAGGUACUACUCUCGGAUGACGUUGGACUUCCACACCAACAAGAAGAUCUUGGAGGAGGUUGCCAUCAUCCCCUCAAAGCGGCUGCGUAACAAGAUUGCUGGAUUCUCUACCCAUCUGAUGAAGCGGAUCCAGAAGGGACCAGUGCGGGGCAUCUCAUUGAAGCUGCAAGAAGAAGAGCGUGAGCGUCGUAUGGACUUUGUACCAGACGAGUCUGCUAUUAAGAUCGAUGAGAUUAAGGUUGACAAGGAAACCCUUGACAUGCUUGCUGCCCUUGGCAUGUCUGAUAUUCCUGGGAUCGUUGAAGCUGAGCUACAGCCUGUGGUUUCUGCCCAGACAUUUGGUCGUGGUCCGGGUGGGGCUGGUGGAAAUAGGAGAAGAAGUAAGAAGCUAGGUGAUUGUAUCUUUAAUCAUUGCCUGUCUCCUUGCAGGAACUGCUACUUCUCUGAAAUGGGUCGUGUACGUACCAAGACUGUGAAGAAGUCCUCGCGCCAGGUGAUUGAGAGGUACUACUCUCGGAUGACCUUGGACUUCCACACCAACAAGAAGAUCUUGGAGGAGGUUGCCAUCAUCCCCUCAAAGCGGCUGCGUAACAAGAUUGCUGGAUUCUCUACCCAUCUGAUGAAGCGGAUUCAGAAGGGACCAGUGCGGGGCAUCUCAUUAAAGCUGCAAGAAGAAGAGCGUGAGCGUCGUAUGGACUUCGUGCCAGAUGAGUCUGCUAUUAAGAUUGAUGAAAUUAAGGUUGAUAAAGAAACCAUUGACAUGCUUGCUGCCCUUGGCAUGUCUGACAUUCCUGGGAUUGUUGAAGCUGAGCUACAGCCCGUGGUUUCUGCCCAGACAUUUGGUCGUGGUCCGGGUGGGGCUGGUGGAAAUAGGAGGUACUGAGGUAAUUUAGUCUUUGUGGGAAUUUAAGGACUAAUAUUGUAGCUGUUGUUGAGGCACUGAAUUCAUUUUGCUUUUAAUUUUAUUGUUUCAUACUGUCGACAAGGUAAACAGGUCUUGUUAGUUUUGGUUAAAUGUGUGUUUAGAUGUUUUUGACUUUGGAAGACGGUUCCCCUGGUUUAUUUGCUGGAGAGAUUCUGAGGCAUUUCUUGUUAUGAUUCAUGGUUAUAUGUGAUGUGAUUGGCUUUUGCUAUUAA